AUGGAAGCAUUUCGCAGCAAUGCUGACGGUGGAGAAUCUAAUGUGCGGCUGCAGUGCAAAAGUUCCAUAGCAGAUGAGGAUACUUACGAUUAUAUCGGGACAGAGUAUGAAGGUGUAGCGAUGGAAGAUGAGGAUCACAUCCAAAGCCGUUCCACAGCACGCUCUGGUUCACAGAAUGAAAUGGGAAAUUGUUCGGCUGAGCCGUGCAUGUCACCUGUUGCACAUGAACUGCGCUCGAAAUUCCAAUCUGCUGAUGAUCUCAUCCAUAGGUUGUUCGUUUGCAUUUCUGGAGUUGCUGAUCAACUCCAAACGAAUUACUCCAGCGAAGUGCGCAAAGUGCUAAAGCUGACUCUCCAACCUACUGAAGUGAUACCAGUAUAUGAGCACGUCAUGGUAGCUCUUAAAGGAAAUCUUCCGUGCUACUAG